UUAUAUGUUUAUGAGCAGCCAGAACCAUUCAAUUUCGAGUACGAAGUGAAGGACGCUGCCAGUGGAAACGACUACGGACACAAGGCGUCGAGCGACGGAACCCGUGUGACAGGCACCUACCACGUGCUGCUGCCUGACGGACGCAACCAGAUCGUAGACUACACGGCCGACGAGUCUGGUUACAACGCUCAGGUCAAAUACGAAGGCGAGGCCAAUGCCAACGGAGGUUACCCAUCUGGUCCCAGCAAUGGAGGUUACCCAUCAGGCCCCAGCAACGGAGGCGGCUACCCCAGCAACGUCAAUGGCGGCGGAUAUCCUUCAGCAGGACCUGGAGGAUUUCCAUCAGCAGGAUUCCCCUCGGCGCCUGGCGGCGGAUCCAACGGCUAUCCUUCGGGAGGACCUCCCAGCUCAUCAUACCUACCUCCUGGAAAAUAGACUAUGGGUAUAAUAGAAAUGAAUAACAACACAAACGUUGAGAUCAGUGAAAAUCAGAUCAUCAACAAUACGACAACGGUACCCUACUGAGAAUUGUUUAAACAAUGUGAAUUGAUUUGAACUUUUAAAACUUUGAAAUGACUCUCAGUCAGCAUUAUACAAUACGUUGUUUUUUGCAUUUCCCAGCUCAAGUGUUUCUAUUCAGAGACCUUGUACAUUUCUUAUUUUCAUAAAUUAAUUUUGAACGCUUGAACGAGAUGGAGUAAACUUUGUAUGGAAAAUGGAUUAACAGUUAAACAUAUAACGAGAGUAUUCAGUUUUUUCAAAAUCAUUCUAUUCAAAAGAAACCUGCUAAGGGAGUGAAUUUUGUAAUAAGUUGGAAAUGUUUUCGAAUUGCUGUUUUCAUCAUAAUGCUAUCUCAAUCGAUGUCAAUACCCAACUUUUACAACUCUGUAAAUUAUUCAUUCCUUUAGACAAAAUAAGAGACGAGUGCCAGUAUAGAAAUAAUUUGCCAUAUUAUCCUAUAUUUUAUAUCGAUAGAAAUUGUGUAUUUACAAAUGAUAAGCUAGCAAUAAACAAUCAAUUAUUUGGUUCUUCUACUUUGUAAUAUAGUUUCCAACAAUAAAAAGCAUAUUUUUAUCGAUUGAAA